UCACCCCCGCUGCCCCUCCCUCGCCUCUUCCUCUCUCUUUAUGCUCUCUGCAAAAAAAGCUCUUGCGGUUUCUAGAGAGAGAGGGAGGGGGAGAGAGGGGGGGGAGAGAGAGAGAGAGAGAGAGCGAGAGAGAAUGCGGAAGCUGAGAGGCUAGGGUUUCGGCCCGAGUAUAUCCACUUAUUUCUCUGUUUGCUUUGGCCAUUGGCGAUUUUCGGAGCUCUUUGGUUCCUAAUUCGUUUUGUUCUUUCUUUGGUUCCGAGUUUUCGAAGCUCGUUGGGAAAGAAAGGUUGAGGGUAUGCGGAAAUUGGAGUUUGAUUUGUUGGAUUUCCGUGUUUGAAUAGGGAUUUACUAUGUGGAAUUUGGAAAACUUUGAGUUGACUGAUAUUUAGAGUGAACGAAACGAGGUGGCCAUCAAAACAAUUAUUUUGUCACUUUGACCCUGUUUGGUGCUUGGCCAUGGGAAAUAGUGACGAGACAAAGACUUCCAAGCCAGAGAAACCAUCCUCACCUCCACUGGAACAGACGAGCAUUCAUGUCUAUCCAGAUUGGGCAGCCAUGCAGGCAUAUUAUGGUCCUAGAGUUGCUGUACCACCAUAUUUCAACUCAGCUGUUGCACCUGGUCAUGCUCCACACUCUUAUAUGUGGGGUCCCCCACAGCCUAUGAUGGCACCAUAUGGGUCACCUUAUGCAGCAAUUUAUGCACAUGGAGGGGUUUAUGCACAUCCUGGAGUUUCUCUUGCUGCUACUCCAAACCCAGAAACACCUACAAAAUCAUCUGGUACUACAGAUCAAGGCUUAAUGAAGAAGUUGAAAGGGUUUGAUGGGCUAGCUAUGUCGAUAGGCAAUGGUAAUGCUGACAGUGCUGAGGGUGGAGCUAACCAUACACAAUCACAGAGCACGGAGACAGAGGGUUCAAGUGAUGGAAGUAAUGGUAAUUCAGCAGGGGCAGGUCAAUAUGGCAGGAAAAGGAGCCGCGAGGAAACACCAACUACUGGUGGAGAUGCCAAGACUGAAUCAGUUCCAACUGGUGAAGUGAAUGGAGCAUCUGAUAAAGUUAUGGUUAUCGAAGUCCCCCCUUCAAGUGUUGCAGGAAAUGUGAUGGGGAAUGCAAUGGCAUUGGAGCUAAAAAAUCCUCCAAAUGCAAAUGCCAAGGCUAGCCCAACCAAUGUUGCCCAACCUUAUGCAAUAAUGCCAAAUGAAACCUGGUUACAGAAUGAGCGCGAGAUGAAACGAGAAAGGAGGAAACAAUCUAAUCGAGAAUCUGCAAGAAGGUCCAGAUUGAGGAAGCAGGCUGAGGCCGAAGAACUUGCAACGAGAGUUAAAUCCCUUACUUCUGAGAAUACGACACUUAGGUCUGAACUUAAUCAACUGACUGAGAAUUCAGAGAAGCUGAAGCUUGAAAAUGCUAAGCUAAUGGACAAACUGAAAGGUGCGCGAGGAGGAGGACAAAUGGAAGAGGUAGAUGACAAGAGGCUGCCGCUGGGCACAGAGAACCUCCUUUCUAGAGUCGACAAUUCUGGAUCAGUUGACAGAAGCGACGAAGGCAGCGAAGUGCCUGAGAAAAAUUCAAAAUCAGGAGGUGCAAAACUCCGGCAGCUUCUGAGUGCCAGCCCGAGAACAGACGCGGUCGCAGCUGGCUGAGAAACGAGGCGAGGCGAGGCGGGGCGACUGUUUUUAACUUAAAAAUCAUGGGCUAACUGUGAGCCCAAAAUUACUGCUAACGGUACUGCUGUAGUAGUAGGGUAAGGAGGAGAGGAUAGAUGAAUAGGAGGGACUGUUUGAGAAGUUAAAAAAUCAAACAUGAAGAUGAUGAAGAUUUAUAGUUUGUGAUGUGGUGGUGGUGGUGGCUCUCUCUGAGCAAACUGAGAUGUGUUUUAUGAGAUUUUCAGAGUGCCGGGAAGGCCACUAAUAGUGGUUCAGUUAUCUCUC